AUGGCCGCCGUCGCUCAGAAUUCUGCCUUCCUGGCAGCACCUGCUCUCUCCUCCAUGGAGCAGGCAUGCUCAGUGUCCAUGUCGGUCUCGCUCCCAACGAUCCAGGCGAAGCAGCAGCGUCGGUCACUCGUCGCUGUCGCGGCCUUGACCGCUCGCGACCUGCAGAGCAAGUCACUGGAGCAGCUGCGCGCCAUGGCCCGUAUGAAGGGCAUCACCGGCAACAACAAGGCCCAGCUCAUUUCUGCCCUCACUGGUGGUGCCGCCGCAUCCAAGCCCUCGUCGUACGCCAGCACUGCAGCUUUCUCUGGCGACGAGGCGCUCCUGCAGAGCAAGACUCUGGGUGAGCUUCGCGCGCUCGCCUCGGCCAAGGGUCUCCGCGGUGACACCAAGGCGGAGAUCAUCAAGCUGCUCCUGAGCGUCGGCGGUGUCACCCCCGCCCCCGCAGCUCCCGCCAUGUCCUUCUCCGCGGAGGCACUCUCCCCCGUGGUCCCCACGACCCAGUCCGCCUUUGCACGACUUUCCGACGAAAUGGCCGCGACCCUCUCCUCCUCGGCGUCCGCCUCCCUUCGCUCCCUCUCAGUCCCAGAGGGAAGCACCCUCGCCACUUCCUCCCGCGCGGCAAUCCCAGCGUUCUCCGGCCUCAAGGCGCACAGGGGCCUCUCCGCCUCUGCCGGGGUUCAAACAUGCACCUGCGUGUCAUGCGGCCGAUCCUGCGCCUGCCCUUGCGCGAAAUGCGGUAACCGUCGCACCAGCAUCGUCGCCAUGGCCAGCGGAGACAGCCAAUUCGCCAGCGUUUCCCAAUCCACGGCAGCUCCCGCCGCUCCCGCCACCAGCGCUCUCAUCCCCGCCGUCGUCGGCGCCGGCGCUCUGGGCGCCGCAACCUACGUCGCCGUGAAGAAGCUCACCGCGUCUCCCGCCGCCGCUCCCGCCGCACCCGCCCCCUCGCCUCCCGCGGUCACCAGCGUCCCGCCCAGCGGCAUCGUUCCGCGCGCGAAGCACGCGGCGGCGUCCGCUCUCGCGACGAUGGCGACGACGUUCCCGUCGGCGAUGCAAGAGGAGGCGUUCCUGAAGGCCGUGGCGGUGGAGCUGGCGAAGCUGGGGUUCCGCAAGGACAACGGCAUCGCGCUGGUGAACACGUGCCGCGACGAGGUGUGCCGGCCCGUGGUGAGCAUCAUUGACCGCGAGUUCGGGCUGAGCUUCAACAUCUCGGGGCUGGGCGGGCUCGUCAACUGCGGCAAGGUCGGCUUCGGAGCCGCCAUGAGCCACUCGCCCGAGUUCCCCUGCGACGUCGACGGCAACCUCAAGGAGCGAUACAUUUUCUUCGCGUUCCCGCACGUGUCCAUCGGCGAGUCGGGUGAGGUGGGGUCGCUGCUGCGUCGCGGUCGCGGCAAGGCGUCGAGCGCGUGCGGAGCGUUGAUCGCCAUCAACAACGACAUCAACAACGGCGUGGCGCCCAGCAUGGACAGCGACGACCCCGAGUACACGCUACUGCGCAAGAAGAUCAUGGCUAAGGUGUCGGGCGGAGACCAGUCGCUGGUGGACGUGACGCGCGCGGCGUUGGCGGCGAUAAACGAGGACCUUGAGAAGCUCAUCUCGCUCACGGUGAACCCCGCCACGGCGGACUACGCCGUCAUCACGGGCGUGCAGAUCCACUCGGGCGACCAGAUUCCCGGCCAGCCCUUCCGCAUCGAGCGCACCUGCGACUACAUCGCGCCCGACAAGAUGUACGCCGUGGUUCGCGGCCAGAAGUACGAGCUCAAGGUGGAGACGCCCAAGUCACAGGGCGUCGCUGCCAUGGUUUGA